AUGAAUUACUAAAUUGUGAUAUCGUUCGAUCAAAUCAAUUCAAAGGAUUUCAAACAACCAAAAGGUAAUCGAAUCUAUUAAUAAUAAUCAUUUUUUAAAGUGCUUUAAGUGCUUUCUUCUUCUCCAAUAUAUUGUUUCCCUCUUGAAAAUUUAAAUUUUUUUUUUAAUGAUUUUUUCAUACCCCGGUCAUUUUUUUUAAGGGAUUUAAAUUGGAAUAAACAAAAAAAAUAAUAAUUAAAAUAAUUUGUUUUCAAAAGAACCUCUCUUCCUUCAGAAACCAUUACAACAGCUAUGACUACCUUUUGUCAAAUAGAUGAUGUUUUUUAAGUCCUUCUCACCUCUGAUUAAGCUAGAGUGAUCGCUAAGAAAUUACCCCCUGGGUUUAGUGUGAAUUUGAGCAGAUAAUCAAAAAGAGAUGUCAAAAAAUUACACUAGGAUAUCUCUUCAGAAGAAGAUAACAAAGUCGUUAAAAAGACUUAUGUAGCGCCUUAUCGAGCUGAAAAUACAGAUGAAAUGAAAAGAUGCUUGACGUUGCUCUAAAAAUUGAAAAAACAUUAAUUGGCAGCACCUUUUUUAAGAAAGUUGGAUAACGUCAAUUAUCCUCAAGAAUUAGAAUAUGUUGACCUAUAAAUAGUCGAACAGAAUCUCAAAAAUAAUGUUUAUCAGACAGCUACUCAAUUUUGGGUGGACAUUAAGAAGAUAUGGUAAAUGUCCUAUACAAUGAACAACAAGGGUUCUCAAUUAUAUGCAAUGACAUAAGAACUCGAAUAACAUUUUAAUGAAUUGUAUAAAGAGCUAGAUAAACCUUAUCCACAAAAAUAAACUAUUGAAUAACCAGUCAAAGCAGAUAAAAUAUAAAAGAAACCUCCUGCAGUACAAUAAGCACCAACCAAUAAUAAAAAGCCAGUAAAAUAACCAAGUCUGAUGGAAUAACCUAUGAACAUGUAAGAAAAGAGGGCUUUAGUCUCAAACAUUAAUAGUUUACCACCCGAACAUCUAAGAGGAGUUUGGGAAAUUGUGUCGGAUGGCUUGAAGAUCCAAGAUUAAAGCGAUGAACUGGAAUUCGAUAUAGAUACAUUGCCUGUCAAAAAAACCAGGCAAUUGGAGAAAUACGUAAACACUAAAUUGGAAUAUUUAAAAAAAUAACAAAGUAAAAAGGUCGCAGAAGAAACUAAAGCAUAAGAUAAGACUGAUAGAAUUGUUCAUACAGCUAAUACUACUUAUAACUAUGCUCCACAACCAGUAGCUCAACAAAAACAACCUGACACUGGAGACAGUUCAUUUAGCAGCGAUGCUGAUAGUUCUGGGUGAGCAUUAUUUUUAUUUUUGUUUUUUUGAUUAAUUCAUUUAAACUUAAAUUUCUCACAAUUUAAUUAAAAA